AUGGACAAAUUCGACAAAACAUACAAGAUGCACUCAGCAUCUCGGUCUCAUCGGGCAGAAACGAGGAAUCGCACCAAGGAAGAUUUGAAGCGGGUCAUUCUUUCGAUUGAAAAGGUACGCAAAUGGGAAAAACGAUGGGUGUUGCUCCGAGACACGUCAGUCCGCAUCAAGAAAUGGAUUCCGAUCCAAGAAGAACAAAAACCGAAGGCAGACGGCGUUCAAGAUGAGAACAAGGCUAUCGACAACUCUGUAAAGUCGAUUGACGACGCGUCAAGGGAUUCUAUCGAUUCUUCUUCCAUGGAUGCAUCAAAUCCAUCACAACGUAACACCGCUGGCGGUGAAACAACCUUCCCCACAAACGACAAGGAGCAAUUCCUCACCCCAAAGCUACCCAGAACGGACAGAAAA